GCGAAGGCGCCGCGCAGCCGGGAGCGCGGCCGGGCCUGCCUCACACUCCGCGCCCACCUCCAUGAGCGACGGCUGCGAGAGCUUGGGCGCCGGCGGGGGGACGGGGGGAGCUGCAUGGCCCCGGCGCUGGAAAUGACUUCUGCUCAGAGCGCGGCGGGGAGCGAGGAGCCACCCGCGCCGCCUUUCGGCAAGCCCGGCCCGACGGGGCCCCCGGGGGCCACCAGGGGCCGGGAGGAGGGCGGCGGCGGCGACAAGCCUAAGGCGGCUCCGGCUCUGCUACCCUUCAGCGUCGAGGCGCUCAUGGCCGACCGCAGAAAGCCCGGCAGCCUGCCCGGCGGGCCCGAGCGGGGGGAGCCGUCGGCGCACCCGAGGCCCCUCAGUCCCAGGAGGGGGGCGCCCUCUGCCGCGGCGCCGGAGAGACCGGCCUCGGCGCUGGCCAUCGCCACCCAUUUUGCUGUCGGGGGAUUAGUCCAGGUGCCCGAAGAGGCGCUCGCCAAAGCCGAAAGCCCCGAGAAGCCGGAGCGGACGCCCUGGAUGCAAAGCCCCCGCUUCUCUCCGCCGCCGCCAAGGCGCGCCAGCCCGCCGGCCUGCACCCUGCGCAAGCACAAGACCAACCGCAAGCCGCGGACGCCCUUCACGACGGCGCAGCUGCUGGCGCUGGAGAGGAAGUUCCGCCAGAAGCAGUACUUGUCCAUCGCGGAGCGCGCCGAGUUCUCCAGCUCGCUGAGCCUCACCGAGACGCAGGUCAAGAUCUGGUUCCAGAACCGGCGCGCCAAGGCCAAGCGGCUGCAGGAGGCCGAGCUGGAGAAGCUGAAGAUGGCAGCCAAGCCCAUGCUGCCGCCCGCCGCCUUCGGCAUCUCCUUCCCCCUGGGCGGCCCGGCGGUGGCCGGCGCCUCUCUGUACGCCUCCUCGGGGCCCUUCCCGCGGGCCGGCCUGCCCGUCACCCCCGUGGGACUCUACGCGGCGCACGUGGGCUACAGCAUGUACCAUCUCACCUAGAACCCCGUGGGCGAGCCGGGGGCUCCUCCACCCCAGAGGACCGGGUCUUAGCGAGAAGGCCUGUCAUUUGUGUCAGCCCUCGAAGGACAGGCAC